UUAUUAAGAAGCAUGACAAAACUACUAACUAUCAUUUGAAACCAGUUUUCCAAGUUAGAUUAAACGCCAAACCUUUCUACAAGGACAACUAUGAUAAUUUAAUUGUUAAAUUAUCUAAAUUGUAUGAUUUAGUUAGAACCAGAGGUAACCCAGUUAAAGGUGAUUCAUCUGCCGGUGGAGCUCAACAAAAUUUCGUUAGACAAACCACCAAGUAUUGGGUUCAUCCUGAUAACAUCACUGAAUUGAAAUUAAUCAUUUUAAAGCAUUUACCAGUGUUGGUUUUCAAUGCUGAUAAGGAAUUUGAACCUGAAGACAGUGCCAUUACUUCCAUUUAUUUCGAUAAUGAAGAUAUGGAUCUUUACUACGGUAGAUUGAGAAAGGAUGAAGGUGCUGAAGCUAUUAGAUUAAGAUGGUACGGUGGAAUGAAGUCGGAACAAAUUUUCGUUGAAAGAAAGACGCAUAGAGAAGAUUGGACAGGUGAAAAAUCCGUCAAGGCUAGAUUUGCAUUAAAGGAAAAGAAGGUUAAUGAAUUCUUGAGAGGUGAUUUCACUGCCCAACAAGCAUUUGAAAAGGCUAGAAGAGAUGGUAAGAAAUCUCCUCAAGAAAUUGAUAACUUGGAAAGAUUAGCCAAGGAAGUGCAAUAUAGAAUCUUGAAAGAAAAGUACCGUCCUGUUAUGCGUUCUUUCUAUAACAGAACUGCUUUCCAAUUACCUGGUGAUGCUAGAGUCAGAAUUUCUUUGGAUACUGAAUUGUCCAUGAUCAGAGAAGAUGACUUUGAUGGGUAUGAUCGUACUCACGGUAACUGGAGAAGAAUGGAUAUUGGUGUUGAUUAUCCAUUCCCUCAAUUACCAGAAAAGGAUAUUUGUCGUUUCCCAUAUGCUGUUUUAGAAGUUAAAUUGCAAACUCAAUUAGGUCAAGAACCACCAGCUUGGGUUAGAGAUUUAGUUUCUUCUCAUUUAGUUGAAGCCGUCCCUAAAUUCUCCAAAUUCAUUCAUGGUGGAGCUACUUUAUUAACUGACCAUGUUAACUUGUUACCAUUCUGGUACUCUCAAAUGGAUGUUGACAUUAGAAAACCAAAGAUUCAACAAGAAUAUGGUAUUUCUCGUCAACACAAUAGAAUUGCCAGAUCUUCUAGUUCUGGAAAUGAAUUAGACGAAGAAGAAUUAACUGGAUCUUCAUACACUGGAGUUCAUUUUUCCAAUGAUAUUAAUCCAUUAGAAGAAGAUUUAGACGAAUCCACUCCAUUGUUAUUACCAAACACUUAUACUAACCGUCAAUCUAAUUCUCCAAUUAGAAAGUUCUUUUACCAACUUUAUGGUCAAUUCUUGCAUUAUUUCAAUGAUGAUCGUACCUUUACCGUAAAGGAAGGUACCAAUUGGGAUUUGAAUGCCACCUUCAAGGACAAGUUGCCAAAGGGUAAGACCAUUUGUGUUCCAGUUAGAAUCGAACCAAAGGUUUAUUUUGCCAACGAAAGAACUUUCUUGAGUUGGUUAUCCAUCGGUAUGAUUUUGGGUUUCACUGCUAUGGCUUUAUUGAACUAUGGUAACAAAUCAGCCUUGACUGCCUCUAUUGGGUUCUUCAUCACUGCAUUGUUUACUUUAGGUUAUGCUAUUUACAAGUAUAUAUGGAGAGUCUUAAUGAUUAGAGAAAAGAGGGCAGUUCAAUAUGGUGAUAUGUUUGGACCUAAUAUGAUUUGUGGAUUCAUAUUUUUGGCUACUUUUACCACUUUUGUGUUUAAGGCUUUGGAAUAAAGUUAUGAAUAAUGUAUUUAUAGUUUAAUAGUGUUUGUUAUAAGAGAUGUUUUAUUUU